AUGGCGUCGACGCCGGGAGCGAGUCUCUGGAGAGACCCUUAUGAGUCUGUCAACCUCCCACAAGACAAGAACCCUGUCAACUUUUCCACUGGCAAGAAGGCACGAGUCGUUGCAGCAGGCGUCAUCAUCAUCGUCAACAGCGCCCUGGGCUCGUCAUUACCCUCCGGGGCUGCAAGCGACAUUGCCAAAGAGUUCUCCAUCACAGCCCCUCUACAGCUCGUCCUCCUAAACUCGAUAUACAUGCUUGGCUUCGCGAUUGGGCCCCUCAUCUUUGGUCCCCUGAGCGAACAUGUCGGGCGCCGAAUCGUGCUCAUAGGCACAUACCUCGCGUACAUAGUCUUUACGCUCUGUUGCGCCGUGAGUCCAACAUAUGGUACGCUGCUGCUAUUUCGCCUCCUGUGUGGCAUAGCAGCCGCAGCUCCCAACGCUGUGGUCGGACCGCUGUUUGCCGAUAUAUAUGAUCGUCCCGAACCCAGGGGCAGGUCGAUGGCGUACUUUAUGUGUGCCACCUCGAUGAUGCCGCCAUUUGGACCUAUAAUUUCAGGAUAUGCAACCAGAGUCUCUUGGAGGUUGGCCUUCUGGAUUGGCCUCGCCAUCGCCGGUGUCUGCCUCCCGCUUGUGGUAUUUCUCCCAGAGACGUACGUCCCCGUUCUCAAGAAAAAGUAUGCCAGAAAGAAUAGCGACGACAUAUCGUUGGAUUUGCCAUGCCCGGAGAAGAAAAAAUAUCAGCUUCUACAGGAACUUGGAACCAUCUUCUCAAGGCCUUUUGUCAUGAUCACCAAGGAACCAGUGGUCCUUUUCUCGGCCCUUUACCUGGCGCUGAUCUAUUCGACGCUGUACCUGUUCUUUCAAGCAUAUCCAAUCAUCUUUCAAGGGGUGUAUGGGUUGUCGUAUGGCGAAGUUGGCUUGACUUUCCUACCAGUGUCUGCUGGCUCUGUUCUUGCUCUGGUGAUCUUCCUCUGCUAUAGCACUUACCACUCUUCGGCCAUGAAAGCGGGUGUGCCUUGGGCGGCCAAGAUUGAAUAUCGCCGACUUCCCCUUGCCUGUGCAGGCGGUCCAAUGAUCGUGAUAUCCCUGUUCUGGCUUGGAUGGACAGCCUACCCGAGCAUUCAUCCAGCAGUACCUGCAGUUUCAGGCCUAUUCUUCGGAGCUGGCUAUCUCAUCAUCUUUAUAGCGCUGCUAAACUACAUCACCGACGCUUACAGGCAAUUCUCUGCCUCUGCACAAGCAUCUGCUAGCACGCUGCGGUCCAUCACUGCUGUCUGCCUACCCCUGGCGGCACCCCAGAUGUAUAACAAACUUGGGGUCCAGUGGGCAUGCUCACUUCUUGCAUUUGUCACCUUGGGGCUGGCACUGAUACCGUUUGUUUUUAUUCGAUACGGAGAAGCCCUUCGGAAACGGAGCCCGUUCUGUCAAAAGCUUGCCCAGACUCCAAGCAUGAUUGUCGCGACAUGA